UUUAAGGCCAAAACUUCGUAACCAAACGUCCCUCGUGCCUUACUCAACUGAUAAUCGUAGUAACUAACCUAGAAAUUAAAACAGUUACCUAACCUGUGUUUUCUAUAAAACAAUAAGGACUUAAUGACUGGCCCGAAGGGAAACAGUGAGUUUUGUUUCUCUGAGACCCUCAAUAUUAGUGAGUUUUUAGCGAAUUCAGAGGACGGGUGAAAAACUGAUGUCCUUUUGAAUCUGACGGCCUCUUAAGAACAAGCUUUGUGGUAGAAAUAGACGGGUGUAAUCAUUCAUAGGUAAAAAGAAUACAGCACAUCUGAUACUGGGUAGCCUGGCUAAAAAAUAUGUGUCGUUCUUUCUGUAGAAAUUACGUUAUAAAUAAAAUGGCCUGCUCUCCAUACCAUUGCUCUAUUAAUCCACGGUAAAGAUAUCUAAGGAGUUUACAGCAACUACGAUGGUAAUUAACGCUGAGGACGUGCACUGUCGAUUCAAAUAUUAAAUUUAUAUUCAACCUACGAAUCUCGGCAAUAAUUUAGAUUCAUUCAGUUUGUCUGUUACUAUCAGAGCCAUCCCAAAACUGAAUAUGUAAGACAGCGUUGAAAUUCGGAAAAGAAAAACUAAAUUUAAAAAUUGGCCGUCGUGGCUCACGUUAUUUUGACUUCACGUAAUUUGGUCAUUUCGCUUUGUUGUUUUGUAGAGGACGGCAAAGAAAUGUACGCACGUGCACAGCCACUGUACUUUACCUUUUGUUCCGUGGAGUUCCCGCUCACGUUCCAUCAGUCGACCUAAAAUUAUGAUUUGAAUCACUCGAAACUUCCAGUGGCGAAUGGAACAGUGGGCUCGCAGAUGAAAUCGAGCCUAAUGGAACAGUAUCUUCCAGUUUUUCCGGGAAAGAGAACUACCUCGCGAAGUGUACCCAAAUUUUUGAAAAUAUUCUUAUCACCGUUUCCUUCCAUUUGAUUUUCCUCCCGGAAUUUCUAGAAUUUUCGUUUGGAUGGUUCACAUCUCGGGAAUUAAACAAUUUUCGGGUUCAAAAGUCUCGAAAUCUUUGCCGGGUUAAAUGCCGGGAGAGCGCCCCUGCUCCCGUUGUCGAUCGUGAUGUGGUUUGCUUUAACUCCCUCAUUUUGAGUCUUUCUCAUUUGACUCUGUUGAUGACUUCCGCCCAGGUUGUCGAAACGUCAGUCACCAACAACAGUUCGUUUCAGAACUACCCCCACCCGGACGAUCACAAGUCCAACUAUUAUAUUUUUACGAGGAUAAAAUGUGUUUCUCGCCAUCUUUUAAUGAAAGAAAAUAUAUCUUCGAUACAUUACUUAGUGAUUUGUACCAUUUUCUUUUGAGUUUCAUUUUCGUAAUUUACACUCUAUCGGUGAAUGAAUUAAUGACACUUUAUUUCAAUAGGGUGUAGUUUCCAUUAUGGCCCUAUAUCGAUCACAAUGAGGUUGAAGUGUCAAAGUGGCAGUUUCUUUACACUCGAUAAUCUACAACAUAAUUAUCAUCGUUAGCAUAUGUUCGUACCUGGCUGCUUCCCACAGGAGAAAAAAAAUCAUUUUUAUUUUUUACAUGUUGCCUAGUUCUUGAAAAUUCCUAGAGCAAUAUCGUCUGUUACCAGAGAUGCGUGCGGAGUACACGGUCUAUGGACCAAAGUGGGAUUAAACGAAAAUAAUUACUUGCUAAAACUUUUUUGAACUCUAAUUCAUAAAGACAAAUGUUUUUAUUUGCCAUGCUGUCGCUUUUAGCCGUCCUCGAGCGCUGAAAACUCUCUUCAAUAAAUUACCCCACACCACUGAUCACUAUUUACUCUUUACACCGUCUAUCGCUCAUGACAUCCCGCGACAUUUAUCGCAAAUUCCCGAUAUUUCUUUUCACGGUGAUGAUUUUUACGUUUUUCUUUUUUUACUCAAAUGCUUUUUUCAGUUCAUUGUUUCUAAAUACGAGGCAUCCGAAAUUACCAACGCUUGCACGUAAAUGUAAAUUAUUAUGCAAAAUCGAUCAAGUGCGUCUUUGUUUACUACUGCCAUUUCUCAUUUCCAAACAAAGCGCUUUCAAAACUGCUUUUUAAAGACUUAGCUUCGGCAGUAAUAAAAUUUAGUGAAGUCAUAACUCGCGCUACAUAACACGACUGAUGUUCAGAAUACGUGAUCGUACGUAUAUGUUGCUGGACGAAGCAGUUUUUCCUAGGAACAGACAUGGUCAUUACUCAGCUUAUUGUUGCUUUCCGCGCCAUUGUGGCCGUGAUUGGUCUUUCAGGAAAUCUUCUAGUGGUUGUGACGGUUUCUGUGGAGAGUAGAUUGCAUAUUAUGUGUGAUAUCCUGUUGGCAAGCCUGGCAGUCUCGGACCUACUCGGUCUGAUUCUUACUAACACAUACAAUCUUGACUGCAUGAUUCAGGAGAAAUGGCUGUACAGUGAAACAAUGUGCUAUCUGCUGGCUUUCUUUUCCAGGUAUUUCUACCUUAACACAGUUCUUCACCUGGUUGCUGUGUCGUAUGAGCGAUACAGAGCGAUAGUAAAAGAACCCUUUACAUACAAUGGCAUCAUGACUCUGCGGAAAGGGACGUCUCUGGCACUGCUGUGGAUCAUUCCAAUUCCAUUCUGCAUGGGCCCAUUUUUUGGUUGGGGAACCUACGUCUACAACCCGAAGUUGUACGUUUGUGAACAAGGAUGGACGGUCCAGAGCGAUGCGCACUUGAAAAGAUUGAUCUUUUAUGCCAUUUUCGGUCUCGCCUUGCCUUUCCUGGUUAUCUCGUACCUGAACUGGUCUGUUUUCAAAACAGCAAGAAGAGUGCAACAAGCCGAUCUAGAAAUCCAGCACACGCUGAACCAAAAUAAAGGUCAGAAUGAGGCAACGACCAGAAAAAUCUUUGAUAGAAAAGCAGCUGUUGAUGUGAGUUUUGUGGUUGGUGCUUUUCUGGCGUUUUAUAUCCCCCUCUGGAUCGUAAAUAUUUGCCGUCAGUUCAUGAAGGAUGUUCCAAUUAUGGCUGUCAAGUUCACUAAUGCUAUUUACCUCGUCAGUUCUAUGGCUAACCCAAUCAUCUACUCAAUCCGCAAACAGGCCUUUCGAAAAAGUGUUAAAAAAAUGAUGAGGCGGAUGGUAUUCAGAUGUGCAAGCAACUUUGUAAAUGAUAGAGCGAUUGUUGCAAACCAUCAAGGAUCCCUAACCAGGCAUAGUGGGGAGACCAACGCCAUCAGCAUCCCUUCCAGACCAAGUAUCGUCAGCACGGGUUCCAGUGCGCCUAAUGGGAAAAUCGUCGAUGUCAAUGUCUAUUCCAGAGCCGUCGAAAUGGGCACCCCUUCCGACGGAGCCAUGGAAAUCAGUGCUGCCUCCAGAACCGUCCGCAUUUCCACCCCGACCCGGCCCAGUAAUGGGAAUACUCUCACAUCAUCCCUUCCAGAACCCUUAGUAGUAGCAUCCGCUCAACAACUGCGGAUAUCAUUACCCCUUGCAGGCCCAAUUGAAACACUGUCGGCAUCAACAUCUUUUCAAGAGCCGUUGACACCAGGAAUGCUCCCAGUCUCAGUGAGAAGUUCGUCGACAACAGAAUCCCAUCCAAACCCAAUAAGAAGACCGUCGCCCUCGAAGUAUGUUCAGGAUCAAGCGGAGAUACCGUCUACAAAAACAUAUCAUCGUGACACAAUUUCCCAGCGGUCCAGCGGAAUACCUUAUGGAUGCACACGCCGUUUCCCAGUACGUAAGCUUGGCGUUCAAAUCCGUACGUCUUGCGUUCAGUUCAGUUUGGAAAGAGUCGAUACUGAUAGAACUUGAGGGAGAUUUUGUAUCAAAAGGGGAUGAUCAGUGUAAAUCUUACGCAACUGAAACUGAAUUAUGCAAUUAUAUUGUUAAAUGCUUAUCCUAACAAAUUAUAUAAUCGAAAUUAAGAACAGUAAAAGCUCUAACUGAAACCAUAUGUGGCUGGGUGGAGCACAUGCGAGAGCCUAAUCUGGUAAUAGCAGUUAAUAGCGUUAUAUAAAGUCAAAUAGAGGAAUCUUUGUUUACAAUAGUUAUCUCAUUAGCAUAAGCUCUUCACUUUCUGAUCAAACUACAAAAAUAUCACCUCUAAAAGAUGAAAUUAUGACACGAUUAAGGGUCGCAAGAAAUUUGGGACCAAAGUAUUAAAUACUUUUUGUGUGAGGUGGGUUUAAAACUUAAAAGUUCACAACUAAUAUUUGGACUCAUUAGAGCUUUUGCCAUCCAGAAAUUUUGCAAUUUUUGAAAAUCAAUAUCUCUUUCAAUAUCAAACCCACCCAGUCGAUUGAAGAAUUUAUUUCAACGAAGCCAGUGCUGUAGCAAAAUCAAUUACUUUUCCACACUCAAGUGACAGCUGCCGUAAACAUUGACGUCAGCCAAGAUUUCCCUAUAAGUAAUAGUCCGGUAGAGUUAUAGUAAAUCCUGGCUGUUAGACAUGCGGUACCACAUGGAAAUUUAAGUUUCAGUCACUGCAGAUUUCACGCCAAACAUUGCUGUAAAAUCACUGUUAACGAAAAUGCCUUUUACCAUUUUCCUCAGGACCACGGUGUUUUUGGUGACCGAUUGGUUAAUUUUUUUAUAAAAAGAAUGUUGCUAUAGUAAUAAAUCUCUCCUAUCAUGCAUGUUUUGCAAUUUUUUUACGCUUACAGUAUCUUUAGAGACGAAGCCAAAUAAUGCCAUCGUAGCGUAAACAAGUCAGUGAAUUCGGCUUUUUUCGUAGGUUAUCGUCCGAUGUAGGUGAGGAUAUCGGCCAUUUUCGUAGUUAAUCGGUAGUUGUCGAGUAGAUGUUCCAGUGAUAUUUGGCUACUUAAGUUGUUUGUCACGUUUUGUGGAGUAGCUUUGUCUCAAAACCACGUUUUCUUGUUCCGUUUUCUCAGAAACGAGACGGUAUCGUUUCAGUUUAAGGGUGAUCUAUUCACAUAUUGGGGAGGCGCGGUGGCCUCAAGGUUAGUGCGCUCGUCUCCGGAUCGAGCGGUCCGGGUU